CUCUCCACGGUCAUUCCGCGUCGUUCUCUCUGGCCCCGCAAGUCCGCCGAACCAUCCUCCAGCAGCAACAGCAGAAUCUGCAACCAGCCAGAGCCCGUUUCGCUACCAGAAUCGCACGUUUGCGCUUGGCAUCUUUUUUUUGCUCUGCCUGUUUCCGUCGGUUUCGGGUCGGUCAAUAUUCCGCGAGCGCUCGGUCGUCGGGUCAUUUGCGUUCCAGUAGUGCUUCGGUGCGGUCGCGCGCGCGGAUUCUCUUGUUCCGGGAUUGGUGUGUCGCGUUGUGUUGUGUGGCGGUUCCUGGCGGUCAGCGGCCAGUCUGAGCGUUUUUCUUUCCUUUCUCCGGUGCGGGAGGAUACAAAUUGUGCCCCUGGAAGAGAAGGAGAAGUGAAGGUGCGAAAGAAAAGGAGGAAGAAGAAGCCAAUUUCAGCUGUUCGGCGAGUGUAUUGGUGUUCCAGUGAUAAAUCAAGCCGGCGAAUACAACGGAAAGCAAAAAAAAAAAAAAACAGUAAAACGUAAACAAACGCCGCGAAAUCGCCGCGUCCGAGUGUGUUGGUGUUGUUGAGUGUUGUUGUUCAAAUUCGCGCACGUAGAGUGAGAUAGGCAACAAGUGCUACAACAACAAAAAAAGUUGAUAAGUUUUGCGCGAUAGUGCUAGGGAGAGUGUAAAAAAAAGAAGAAAAGUUAAAAAAAAACAAGCAACUUCAAGAUGGCAGAAGCGGCCGGUCCAACCAACAAUCCAGCAGCGCAGGCUGCCCCAGCGGGAGCGGCCGCCGGUGGCACCGGCAACGGGGUGACCAAUGCUAACCCGAACGCCGAGGUCAUCCGGGGCCAGCUGUUCGAGGUCGGGCCGCGGUACGUCCAGCUGGCCUACAUCGGCGAGGGCGCCUACGGGAUGGUUGUCUCCGCAGUGGACACCGUGUCAAAUAUCAAAGUAGCCAUCAAGAAAAUCUCCCCCUUCGAGCACCAGACCUACUGUCAGAGAACGCUGCGGGAAAUCAAAAUACUGACCAGAUUCAAACACGAAAACAUCAUAGACAUACGAGAUAUCCUGCGGGUGCCUAGCAUAGAACAGAUGAAAGACGUAUACAUUGUGCAGUGCUUAAUGGAGACUGAUCUGUACAAACUACUGAAAACACAGAGACUAAGCAACGAUCAUAUCUGCUACUUCCUGUACCAAAUUCUGCGAGGUCUCAAGUACAUCCACUCGGCGAACGUCCUGCACCGGGAUCUGAAGCCGAGCAACCUGCUGCUGAACACGACUUGUGAUUUAAAGAUUUGUGAUUUCGGCCUGGCACGGGUAGCGGACCCCGAGCACGACCACACCGGCUUCCUGACGGAGUACGUCGCCACCAGAUGGUACCGGGCACCGGAAAUCAUGCUGAACUCCAAGGGUUACACCAAGUCCAUCGACAUCUGGUCCGUCGGCUGCAUACUGGCGGAGAUGCUCAGCAACCGGCCCAUCUUCCCCGGCAAGCACUACCUGGACCAGCUGAACCACAUCCUCGGCGUGCUCGGGUCGCCCUCGCAGGAGGACCUCGAGUGCAUCAUCAACGAGAAGGCCCGCAGCUACCUGCAGUCGUUGCCGUACAAACCGAAGGUGCCCUGGUCGCGGUUGUUCGCAAACGCCGACCCGAACGCGCUUGACCUGCUCGGCAAGAUGCUCACCUUUAACCCGCACAACCGGAUCUCGGUCGAGGAGGCGCUCGCCCAUCCGUACCUCGAGCAGUACUACGAUCCCGCCGACGAGCCCGUGGCCGAGGAACCAUUCCGCAUCGCGAUGGAGCUGGACGAUCUGCCGAAGGAGACGCUGAAGCGAUUAAUUUUCGAGGAAACGCUCCGAUUCAACCACAACGAUAACCUCCCGGAUAGCAUGUAAUUUCCUGUUUGAUGAGCGCGCAGCCCAUCCCAUCCCAUCCCGAUCCGUUUGCAAAGAGUUUGAAAGAGUCCAUCCUUGGGCUGGUCAACCCCCCCUACUGCUAGCAGGAGACCGUCGUCAUUCAUUGUGUUGUGAAUAUUGUUUCCUGUGUCCGGAGUCCGGAAGUGAAAAGAUUUCACCCCUUCUACGCGCACGCCCCUCUUCCAAAAUAUUACAAUUUUAAAGUUUUACUGAUUCACGUUAGCGAAGGCGGAGUUUCGAUUAACUUUUGAGGGCUGAGAGUUUUAACGGAAAAUCGUGUGCCAGUUAAGAGUUAGAAAGAGAGUGGAGUGGAAAGGUUUGGUUUGCUUUUAUUUAAGAACACAGAUGAUAUACACUCUACUUUUGUUGCAAUCCAUGCAAGUUGUACCCAAAAUCAGGCUAGGUUUUGUCUUAAGCGAAUAUAUAGAAAAAAUAUUUUAAUUUUAGGUUAUGCGCAAAGAUGUGCGACUAGAGAAAGAGGAAAAUGGAAGAAAACAAGUAAACUGCAAAUAGUUAAACCAAAAAAAAAUGAAGAUGAAAUCAAGCAGCAGUGCUAACACUAAAAAAAUAUGUAUAGAAUAUUUACGUAAAUCAUUGAGACUUUUUUCCAGCGCCUAAUUGUUGACUGUUUAGGGGAAGAAGAUUUGUAAGAUAAUUGAAGAAAGGCUCACUCGCCAGGCGAUCAUUCGUAUGGGAGCAGAAUAGUUUUCAUCAACACACUCACACAAAACUCACAAGUAUUGUAAAUGUUUUCCAUUGUACAACGCAUCCAGCACGGCAAAUAUAUGUAACACCCGAGAAUGACUGUUGAAUCCGGCGGAAACUGAACGAAAAAAAAAUGUAAAAAAGUGAGAAGAAUUUUGUGAAUCCUUUUUUUUCAUCUGAGACCACUUAUGAAAAACAUCCGCAGAAAAAGAUGAAACGGAAACUCGUUGUUAAUUACUGUAAUUUUUAAACGUGUGUGUAACUGUGAAUAAGUGUGUGCAAUUGUGUAAGUUUUAUCUCUCACUCGUUGCAAACGCGUUAAUUUUCUGCAAUAGCGCCCCCACGUGCGCAUCAUUAACUUAUUCAAGCGGAGCUGAAUACCGAAUCAUAAAUCACGCAAUUUUGGGUUGUGGUUGUAAGUCAACUGGAAAAAAAAUUAACGACGCUUUACAUGUAAUUACUGGUGUUAUACUGUUCAUUUUCAGGAUUUUUGAAAGCCGUAGGGAGGUCGAUCCUCAAUCGGUCACCCUCUCCAUACGCGUAUGGAAGCCAACAAAACAGAGCAGCUAAAGGGUUUCGGUCGUCACGGUGCUUUGGAAGCUGCUUGUGGCGCUUUGUUUCUGAUAAACAAUUGUGUUACAGUUAUGUUGUAACAUGCUAAACGGGUUUCCGUCGUUACAAAUAGAAAUGUCCAUAAAAUGAGCUUAAUAAGAAAAGAAAAAAGAAAUUUUUCCUCAAUUCGAAAAUCUGUCGGACUUCGUGACCCUGCAAUAAGAUCUUCAAGGGCAUCUUCUCAGUAGGAUCGAAAGUGUGAAACUUGAAGUUCUUAAGUUUUAUUUCUGACGUUUUUUUGACCGAAUACAAUCUGCCAAAUGUAAACAUUCAGUGUACUGAGCUUACUCCUAAGCAGGGUUGCCAGGUUGCCAGAUAAAUCAGGGAAUGCCAGAUUUUCCAAGUGUCUGCCACAAUAAAGAUUCGUCGAUCUCUGUGCCAGAUAUUGACAGAUAAUAAUAUUGACAGACUUGAUGCCAAUUUUGUACAACUUUUUGAUUAAAAUUUGGUUUGGUUUGGUGAUUGUGUUUUCCUUAAAGAUAAUAUAAUUUUCCUUUUUUAGGCCAUACACCAGUAAAACCAUCUGAAUUCUACAAACUUUUGGAUUGAUUUAUAUCCUCCCUCCCCUUCACCAUUAUGAAUUGUUAGAUUUCCAUCUGCCAGAUUUUGGCCUGGUAACCCUGCUCCUAAGUAUGCUGACAUAAAGUGUGAGUAGGAUGGACUAGAUGUUUACAUUUGGCGGAUUGAUCAUGAAAAUUACUAAUUUCGUUCACACCCUUGCCAAAAUUCCGUUUGUUAUGUGUAAUCACUUGCGCUGCUGAAUUUUCUACGUCAGACAAUAUUCGAGACCUUCCAGCAACUCGUCAACAUCGACCGCCAACUUAUCCAGCACAAAUAUCAACCACUCUAGCGAAAAUCGCGUCCAUUUGAUCAACAAACUGUUUCUUCCAUCCGUCAUGUCAAACGUCAAAGCGAACAUCACGGCUCACAUCUCGCAAGAACAACCCGAGCAGAAACUAGUUUACCACAACUUUGUGUUGGAAUUUCAUUUUGUCUGUAGAUUUUUAGAUACUGGAAUUCAAUUCUCCGAUGCUUUUAUGGUUUGAUUUUUUGCUCUGUAAAACAACUACUUGAAAGAAUAAUUUACUAAAAGCGCUCAAGCAGCUGACCAACACUUGGUUGGCGCACCGAAAACCCAUUUUCAAUGUUGAUAUACGUCGUUAAAACUUUUAAUCACGAUCACUGCGUUGCUCGUAAACUGUUGUAACUGUAAUACAUAUAUUGGUGUUCGUUUCCGAGUUUUCAUUGCCUUUUUUUCGUCACUAUUUCACGCACGAUCCGUUUUGGUAGUGCGCUGUACAUAGACGAUUGCAGAUUUUUCAAGUUUUUUGAACUUUCAAUUCAAAGUCUUCUUAAACUCACUUUGCGUUAUGCGCACUUGCAAAAGAAAGGCUAAAUGCAACCGGUCAGUGUACAGUAUAAUGGAACAAUACGGGCGUCUCAGAAAGUGUAAUUAUCAAAUUGUAACUCAACAUUUAAAAAAACAAAAUCUAAUAAAAGCAGAAACAAGUGAAAUCAAAUUCAACAAAACAAAAUGUGUACAUGCAAACAACGUGAUAUUUUUCAUGAGGGAGAAAUGUACAAGCAGAACAAAACAAGCCAGUCGUAUAUAUUAUAUUGUUGUAUUAUUCUGAUAAGUAGUUAUAAACAAGUGAAAGACAUGGAAAUGCAGCAAUUUGCAGUAAAAAAUAAAUAACAGUAAUAAAAAAGGAAACAAAACUUUUCGCGAAAGCGGCACCAUCAUCUGCACCUCCAUUCUGUAGUAUGACGCAUUCAUCUGCGCCCCAUUACGAUUCAUUCUACCUUGUGAAACCCAAAACAGUGAGUGGUGAUAAUCUAACAUAUUGAAAUAAUACAUGGACUAAUGGCAGUUUAGCAGCAUUAGAGCGACUAGAUAGGGUUAAAAAUAUAACUAAAGCAGAAAAACUAAACAAAACAGCAUGUAUCAAACAUUGAAUAUAAAAAUAUGUAGCAUUAAGCACCGGCAGAUGUACUUAUCGUGAGAGCAAACAAAAAAACGCAAACUAGGAUCUUAUCGAACUAACGAGUCAAAACAUUGUAACAUUUCAAAAUACGAUCUUACGGAUAGUCGUCUUAUGAUCAUACCCACUGGUUACAACAUAAUGAAAAAUGGAUAAAAAAAAACAUGUAUUUAUGGACUAGUCCAGUGUAGGUGCAGAUCGUGGGGUCCUCUUUCCCGUCUCUUGACUAUUCUUAGUUACGCCCUUUCUUAAACUAUUGCAAUAUCUCCAACCACACAAUCCGACUAGAAUCGAGCGCAGAUUUGUGCCCCAGUUAAAUCCAAUAAACUUAUUCCACCAUCUUAAAAAACAAACAAAAUCAAACAACUAAUCACAUAACGAGGCAGUAUCGAAACAUUAUUUGUCAGGAAAAUCGAACGUAAAUCGAAUUAGCAGUUAAAUAAGCAUCUGUUUUUAAAAAUUUGUGCUAAAAUUCUCAACAGUAAAAAAAAACAAACUCUUUUACGUCGCAAGUCGCAUAAGUAACACAGCAGAUAUUAAGUCAUUCGAUCGGUGGUUAAACAAAAACGGUGUGUCAUCAAACCAAGUUUUUUAAAGCUCUAAAGGAAUAUUUUUACUGGAUGUAUUUUAAAGUUCACACAACUAUUUGUCUUCUCAUAUAGUCAACCAUAUGCAUUCAAGCGGGCACACUCUUUUUUCGUAUAUUGCAACAUUUUCGAACGCCGGUUAUAAAUGUGUGUAUAGAAGAUCGAGCAAAAAAAAAAAAACUCAAUUUAUCAACUCAGACUAAAAAAUAUUAAAACGAACUGACCAAAUGGUGGAUUCAAAUGUGAGGUUUGUGUUCUUGCUCCAGAGUAAAAGUUACAUCUCUCUCUCUCGAUAUGUGUCCUGUUGCAUGGAUAUUCAUUACAGCAAAAACAAACAAAGCACAUUCAAAAUAAUCCAAACAAAAGUCAGAUAGGGGGAGCAAAUCCCGCGUGCAGAAAGCCGUGAAAAAAGCAUGUGUUAAUAGUUAAGCACUCAUACUUCUUACAAGUGAGAAAACAAAAAAAAA